AUGUUGUGGCGCAAGGUCCUUGCAUUCGCGCCUUUGGCUGCCUUCGCUGGCGCCCAUCCCAACGCUCACGGCAUCCGAUACUCAAAGCGGGAUUCCACGCUCGAAGUAAUCCUCGCCCCGGAGGUGUCUGAAUCUGGCGCCGUGGUUUCCGCCACCAUCAAGAACACCGGCAGCUUGGACCUCAACCUGCUCAAGGUUGGCACCAUCUUGGACGACAAGCUUCCUGUCCAGCGUGUGUCCGUCCUUGACGAGUCAGGGAACGCGGUCUCUUUUAGGGGAAUUGAGCCGAGCAUUCAGUACGAUGCCCUGAAGCCGAGGCAUUUUGAGUCGCUUCCAGCUGGAAGUUCAGUGACAGUAUCGAUCGAUCCAGCAAAGGUUCAUCAGUUUGCAGAGUCUGGCACCUACUCUAUCACUGCUGAAGGCAUAAUCCCUAUUGCUUUAGCGCCGUCUACGGACUUUUCUCAGCCUGCCGUUACUUUCAAGUCAAACACCAUCCAGGUCGACGUGAAUGCAGACGCUGCUGCAAAGUCUUUGGUAACUGCGGCACUCAAGGAGCGCACCAACUUGCAGCCAGGAUGCAACGCGACAACGUUGGACGCCAGCACCAAAGCCCUGGCCAACUGUCAGGUCCUCGCCCUCGCUGCGGCAGCGGACGCAGCUGACCCGUCUUCUAAGCGAUUUGUCGAGUAUUUCGGCACCAAUUCAUCAGAAACCCGCAACAUCGUCGUCACUCGGUUACAGAAUGUCGCGCAGGAGUGUAGCUCAACAACUUCGGGAGUGUCUCGGUACUUCUGCUAUGAUUACUACGGCGUUUGCGAGCUCGACGGUCCUCUCAAUGCUUACACAGCCUGGGAUGUCAACACAAUGGUCAUGUGCCCGCUCUUCUAUGGCCUGCCGCCGCUCCCUGUAGGAUGCCACCGACAGUGUCAAGCUACGACUACGAUCCACGAGACCACACACUGCGAGGCAGUUUAUGCCCCUCAUACGGACGACUACGCUUAUGCUUACAACGCCAGCGUUGCGUUGCCUUCUGAACGGGCUCUGCAAAAUGCUGAUAAUUAUUCACUCUAUGCCAAUGCUGUUUAUAUGGGUUGUUGAGGUGGAAACACGCCUGGAAAGUGAGACGGAGCCAGAAAAACUCAUCUAGCAAUCUCUUUCUUCCACAGCAUGGGCAAGCUUGACUACAGGCUGGGCCAGAGAUGGCAUUUUCAACAAGAAAAUCAUUAUCCUUCUGCAACUCGAUUCAAGGUAGAAUGAUAUAAUGUAGACUAACCGAAUAAGAUGAUCACUGAAC